AUGGACGACGCUCUGCAUGUUCAGGAUACUGAUGCAGAUGGGCAGGAUAAGGAUGUGCCGGCUGAACCUGCAGAGAGCAUGGAAACAGCAUCCGUGGCCGCAUUGCCACUCGCAUCAGGGGAGGACAUGGCAGCCGGCGCAGAUAUCGCACCAAGGGGAAAAGAAGGGAGCCAGGACUCGAAUGCAUCAGACAGCAAGACUUCGUCGCUGUCAUCUUCGAUUCCUCCAUCAUUAUCUAGUUCUACCGGCCUCAGUGAGCUAUCGAAGGAAACCGGGCUCGGGGGAGGUGAAGGAGACGGCCAUGAUGCGCCUCCCAGUGGAUCGACACCCUCAACAUCAGUAUCAUCGCAAUUACCUUCUGCUUGUUCUCCAGCACCAGAUGCGCAGUUAAAACAAGCUGCGCUAGCCUCUUCAUCACCCCUUGAGAGGGAGGCGACGGACUAUGCUGCUCUAUUACACAGGGUCAAGCCGAGGUCUUCCAUACCUACACGCAUCCCAUCAGCCGUGUAUGGGCAGCAAUGUGUGGAGUCGGCGUAUAUCUCUAGGUUAAAUCCAUAUUCUCUUCACAAGGGCGAGCAGGAGCUGCUGCAGGACCACUUGUGCCAUCUACAUGUCACCGCAUACCUCAAUAUUCGGAACGGUAUAUUACGUCUAUGGUCACGCAACCCGAUGCUCAGCGUCACCGAAGACGAGGCGCUAGGAUGUGCAAAGGAUUCUCGAUGGAUGCCUCUCGCGUCAGUUGCGUAUAACUGGCUUGUCCGAAACGGGUAUAUAAAUUUCGGAUGUAUCGAUAUACCUAAAUGCCCAUCUGUUCAGAAACGUGGGCGCCGGAAAGACGGUCCUACAAUUGUGAUAGUAGGAGCCGGUAUGGCUGGGUUGGGGUGCGCCAGGCAGCUACAGGGGCUUUUUCAACAUUACUAUGGCGACUCGGUAGCUCCCAAGAUAAUCCUACUUGAAGGCCGGAAACGAAUAGGCGGCAGAAUAUACUCUCAUCCUCUACAGAGCUUAGAGGCGAAUGAAUUGCCCCAGGGACUUCGCCCUACCGCAGAAAUGGGAGCACAUAUUAUCGUUGGGUUUGACCAUGGUAACCCGUUAGAUCCAAUCAUACGCGCCCAGCUUGCGCUGCGCUACCAUCUGCUCCGUGAUAUUUCAACAAUCUAUGACACAAAUGGGCUCCCAGUCGAUGAAAUGAGAGAUUCAAUGACCGAAAAGCUGUAUAAUGAUAUAUUGGAUAGAUCAGGGACAUAUCGUCAUAAAUCGGUCGUCACACCUACAGCCGAAGGAGAUAGAGAGCUAAUUGACUCUGGUAGAGACACAUCUGCUGAUGAUGGGGUAACAAUAAGAGAGUAUGAGGAUGCAGCAGCUUCCGGGAUCACGGGGACACUGUUACCAGCCGCAAGACUACGACGAGGUGUUGGGCACAAGACGACCGAUAUCAAACCAGCAGCUGGACCAGCUCUUUCCGAGCUUCAGCCUACAAAAGAGCAUUCUGCCGCUACGACCUGUCAAGCUAUGGGCUGGAAGUUACGCCACGAUGUUUCCCCUGCCGAUUCUUUAUCUCUCGAUGAAAUUGCCAAUGCAUCCAGCACACAGAAUUUAGGCGCAGUGAUGGAUGACGCAAUCAACCAGUACCAGAGGCUUCUCGACCUUACUCCCCAAGAUAUGAGGUUACUCAACUGGCAUUUUGCUAAUCUCGAAUACGCCAAUGCUGCCAGUGUUGGGAAGCUCAGUCUCUCCGGCUGGGAUCAAGACAUGGGGAAUGAGUUUGAAGGAGAACAUGCCCAGGUUGUCGGUGGGUACCAACAGUUACCACGAGGACUAUGGUCUCUCCCGUCAAAGCUAGAUGUUCGUACGAAAAAGAUUGUGUCCAAAAUAUGGUACAACGCUGAUUCGACAUCGAACGAGAAAACUCGAGUUGAGUGUGAAGAUGGAGAAUCUAUUUAUGCUGACAGGGUGGUAUUUACGGCUCCUCUUGGUGUAUUGAAGAGGUCGUCCGUGGCUUUCAACCCGCCACUUCCAGAAUGGAAAACCAAUGCAAUUAAACGCCUUGGUUUCGGCUUGCUAAACAAAGUUAUUCUUGUCUUUAAAGAGCCUUUCUGGGAUAUGCAAAGAGACAUGUUUGGCCUGCUAAGGGAGCCAACGGUUGAAAACAGCAUGUCUCAAGAUGACUACCGUGCUAAUCGGGGGCAAUUCUAUCUUUUCUGGAACUGCAUGGCGACUUGUGGAUUGCCCAUGCUCAUUGCCCUUAUGGCAGGAGAAUCAGCCCACGAGGCUGAAAAUCUAUCCGAUCAGGAAAUCAUAAAGGGUGUCACCUCACAGUUGAGGAAUAUCUUCAAAGACAAGACGGUUCCCGACCCCCUCGAGACUAUCGUCACGAGAUGGGGGCAGGACAGGUUUGCGCAAGGAAGCUACUCAUAUGUAGCGGCUGAGGCAUUACCCGGCGACUACGAUGCAAUGGCCAAGUCAAUUGGUAAUCUAUACUUCGCCGGUGAAGCUACUUGUGGAACUCACCCAGCAACUGUCCAUGGGGCGUAUCUCUCCGGCCUUCGGGCAGCCAGCGAAGUUAUUGACUCGUUCCUUGGCCCGAUUGACAUUCCAUCCCCGCUUGUACCAGCAAAGAACAGAGCUUCAAAUAAUGCAUCCAUGCCAACGACACCAACCUCUGCUUCUCCGCAGAAGAAACGAAAGAUCGUGUCUGAUCCUAACGGACCAUCCGACGAAUCACCCUCUGCGCCUCUUGCACAUGCAUCUGAAGAUGUAUUACGAAAAGCAUACGAUGAAGCUAUGUGGGCAGCUAUAAUUUCUGAGUUAGGCCCUGCAGAACCUCGGCCUCGCAAACUUGCGCUGAACCCUUUCCUCCUAUACCAGAAAGACUACUGGUAUAUUUGCAAGACCGAAUGCGACAAUGCCAAGAUCAAAGCUACAGGAAAAGAAAACGCAAAGGCUCCCCGGGAUGAAAUCCGACAAGCGCUUGGCCAAAUGUGGCGUGAUGCAAGCGAUGAGAUCAAGAAGCCCUAUCUAGAUCAGAUGGAGGUACAUCGAAAAACGAAUGAAGAGGACUUUGCAAAGUGGAAAGAUAGGAUAGUCGAAUGGGAACGACGAACAUAUGAGAUCAAGGAUAAAUGGUGUGCUGAGAAUCCGUUUGAGAUUUUUGCACAAAAUAUGCGGGAUAACUUCCCUGCUAAUGGCAUACAGGAUGGCAGGCAGAAGGCGAGGAGGUUGUGA